AUGCCAUUGUCUUCUUCGACAUCUUCACCAUCACAAUCUCAAACACAAUCAUCAACAACAAGAAAUUCAUCAUCCGUAUUUCCUCGUUAUUUACCUCAUGCAUUAUUGUUACGUGCCACUGAAAGAUAUCAAAGAACACCCAAGUGUGCACGAUGUAGAAAUCAUGGUGUUGUAUCAGCAUUAAAAGGUCAUAAACGUUAUUGUAGUUGGAAAGAUUGUGUUUGUGCUAAAUGUACACUAAUUGCCGAAAGACAACGGGUUAUGGCUGCACAGGUUGCUCUAAGACGACAACAAGCACAAGAAGAAAGUGACGCACGUGAAUUGAGCGCGAUUUACGGUACACCACCGGAAACUAUUUUGGCAUUAAAACGCUCAUUAAAUGCUGAUGUUGAUUUGAAUAAAGAUCCAAAUUCUAGUAAUGAUUCAAAUCAAGAUAGUGAAAAAACAACUAUCAAUGUCUCCGACGUCGCUGUUAACAGCGGCUCAGGCGAUGAUAAAGGUGAUGAUGCAUCAUCAGACCGUCAUAAAAAGCGAAGAUCUACAAGUUCAACUGAAUCAUUGGAUGAUGAUAGUAUUACAGCACAAUCGACAAAUUCAGCAAAUAUAAAAACAUCCGCCGUAUCUCCUAGUUCAUCAACAGCAACAAAACAAGAAAAUUUAGCAACUCUUUCUCAAAUAUUUCCAAAUGCUUCCCGCACAUUAUUAGAAAAUAUACUUGUCGAAUGUGAAAAUAAUAUGCAAGAAACUGUUAAACGUAUUUAUCAAACAGUUUGUUCAAUAGCUUCCACCACUAUCCCAACAGCAACAACAAAUUUAGUAGCUUGUUCAAUUUCUUCUUCAACUGAUACAAUGACAACAAAAUCCGCUUUCAGUCCGAUUCUAUCAUCAUCAUCUUAUAUAACACCACGUCAAUUAUUUGCACCCUAUCCACCGAUCUAUUAUCAUCAUCAUCAUGCAUAUCCACAUCAUGCCGCUGCAGCAAAUCUCAUAUCAAUAUCAGCACCAUUGAUAUCAAGAGCAGGAACAACGACACAAUCUCGUGGUGGUAGAUUAUUAGAAGCACAACAUCGAUGUAUAUUACCAUUUUGUACAUGUAAACUAGUAGCAGCAGCAACAUCACAAGAAAAACAAAACUUUUAA